AUGGAUUCAUCCAAGUCCAAGCGGCCCUCACUUCCUCGUUUGGAAACGCGUAUUACGCCUCCGCCGCGUCCGGCCACGAUUUCGCUCCCUCUGGCGCCAGUGAUUCUUCCAGAGACAAAUUUGCGAAGAACAGAGACUGCGCCAGGACUUUUCACGGAAGUGACAAAAGAAGAGAAUGUGGUGCCCAUUGUGCGGUACAUUCUGGACCCUAAGAAGGCCUUUUGGGUGACCGAGGAGAGCGUCGAUGAAGCGCCGGUGGCUAAAAAGAAGACCCAGUAUUACGAGGAAGUGUUUGGUCAUCGCGGCUCUCACAUUUCACCUUCGGAGCGUGUCCAUCAGGACUCGGUCGUGGUCGCUGAACUCAAGACGAAUCACAAGGUCAAGGAUGAGCAGUCUAAGCUUGUCGAGGAUAUUCUCUUCCGUCUUUCUCAAGUCUACCAGCGCCCGGAAAACUCCAUCAUGGUCACCGUCCAGCAGGAGACCUGCGUUCUCUUCGGUAGCAACAACACUCUCCCAUCCUACUUGCUGACAGUAUACGCGCUUCCCUCCCUUAUCGCCCCGGUCACAAAUCUUCGCAACACGACCCUCAUCCAGAAGGUCUUGGAAGAACUGCUAGGCAUUCCGCCUAGCCUCGGCGUGAUCAUUUUCAUUCCCAUCCCGGAGGCAAAUCUUGCAACAAACGGCAUGACAGUUCGAAGUGAGAUUACGCAGUUGGAACGAAGCGAUCAGGGUGACAGUCCCAACCUGUUCAAGUCUAUUUCUCGAAGUAUGAGCCGGCGUUUGAAAACUAGCAGCGGGCAGAGCGCGCCAUUUGCCCUGGGGUCUGCCGUAGCGACCGCUUCACCAUCGACACGCACUCCGUCCGAGGGCCCCGUAUCUCCUCGGGACAGAGAGUGGGGAGCGAUCAGGGAGCAUGGUAUUCGAAAGCGCCUGUUCCGAUUGCUGAGGGAAAACCUGAAGCAGGAAGCCGAUGAGAAGGAGGACAAGAUGAAGGAGGACAAGGAGAAGCAGGCCGAGGAAGGGGCCAAAGAGAAAGAGGCCGCGAAGACAAAGCAAACCAAGGACAUCACUGAGACCGGGAACAUCGACAAGUAG